CUGCACUAAUGGACACUGACGGGCGGCACUGACGGGCGGCACUGAAAGGCAGCUCAGAUGGGCACUGAUAUGUGGCAUUGAUGUGCACUGGUGUGCACUGAUAUGUGGCAUUGAUGUGGCACUGAUGGGCACUGGCACGAGGCACUGACAUAAGGCACUGAUGGACACUGACAGGUGGCACUGCUGGGGCCACACUGAUCAUCAGGGCACACUGAUCAUUAGUUUCCUGAUGAUCACUGUCAGCGUGACAGCUCGAGAGGAGAGAAAUGCCGAUAACCGGCAUUUCCCUGUUUACAUGUGAUCAGCUGUGAUUGG